CCGCCCCCGGCCGCGCCCGCGCGCUCCCCGCGGCCGCCGGAGGCGCCGGGACCCGGGAGUCGGCGGCGCGGGCGCGACCUGCAGGGGCCACCAUGGAUCUUGUCCUCAAUGCUGCGGAUUAUUAUUUUUUUACACCUUACGUAUACCCAACCACUUGGCCAGAAGGUGACAUUUUCCGACAAAUUAUUAGCCUCCUGAUUAUAACGAAUCUCGGUGGUUAUACUAUUUAUUUCUUCUUUGCAACACUAAGCUAUUACUUUGUCUUUGAUCAUUCAAUGAUGAAACAUCCACAGUUUUUAAAGAAUCAGAUCUCGCGGGAGAUCGCGCUCACUGUGCGGUCGCUGCCCUGGAUCAGCAUCCCCACCGUCUCGCUCUUCCUGCUGGAGCUGAGGGGCUACAGCAAGUUGUAUGAUGACAUCGGAGAGUUUCCCAGCGGCUGGAUCCAGCUCAUUGUUAGUGUCCUGUCCUUCCUCUUCUUCACUGACAUGAUGAUCUACUGGAUCCACAGAGGCCUUCACCACAAACUUCUGUAUAAGCAUUUACACAAGCCCCAUCAUCUCUGGAAGAUUCCCACUCCAUUUGCAAGUCAUGCCUUCCAGCCCAUGGACGGCUUCCUGCAGAGUCUCCCGUACCACAUCUACCCUUUCGUCUUCCCGCUGCACAAGGUCGUGUACUUAGGAUUGUACAUCCUGGUCAACGUCUGGACGAUCUCCAUCCACGACGGGGAUUUCCGUGUCCCCCAGAUCUUACGGCCGUUCAUCAACGGCUCAGCGCACCACACCGACCACCACGUCUUCUUCGAGUACAAUUAUGGACAGUAUUUCACACUGUGGGAUAGGAUCGGAGGCACAUUCAAGAACCCCUCCUCCUUUGAAGGGAAGGGCCCAGCGGAUUAUGUGAAGAGCAUGCAAGACGGAAAGCGCGACAGCCGGGCGGAAAACGGUUGCAAAAAGGAAAACUUAACCAAUGGCACCUGUGCGAAGACCGAGUAGGUUCUGACCCAGAGAAGUAUCUUUAACAGAGAAAGAGAAUCCACGGCCCAGAGAAAUAGCGAGUCCAUGGCACCAUUUGAAAACCAGCAGCGUGGGCACUGCUGUGGGACGAUCAGGCUGGCAGACCAAAGGGAAAAUCAAAUCUCAUGCUUAGAACGCUCGGUGUGAUGUAAAGAGGCACAUGUGUCCCUUCAGCUAGCAAGUCUGCUGCGUGCCGCCUCAACCACAAUUUUCCAAAAGAUAGAGAAUAAGUAAUCUCGGGGACCGAGUCCUGCCCUUUGGCCUUAAUCCGCCCGAAUGCGUUAAGAAACACUCAGCGUGCUUAGUGCCCGUCCCCAGCACCUCUGCAAAAAUACCGACCCAGAGAUGGGUCCUUGUUUCAGCACUGUCGGCUGAAUGAUGCCAGCGGGGCCCUUGGGUCAAGCGGGGACAUCCAAGAAACAGGAUGCUGACGCGACAUUGGCGGUUUCGUCAGUUCCCUAAGAAAUAGGCAGGUGGAACGAAAUGAAGCACCUUCCUACACACAGGAAGCGAUUUGACGUAAUCAGCUAUUAGAUUUUGACUGAGAAGUUCAAAUUUUUUUAAAAAACGAUCAUGACUAUGACUGAGUCCAGAUCUGGGGUGAUCUCAUUAUAGGUUUCCAUGGUUAUUUAAAACCAUUUUAAUAAGUGUAAAAUUAUGUGAAUCUGAAUGUAUUUGGAAAGAGAAAUUUGAUGCCCAAAUCAUAUAUUUGACACUGCUGUUUUUUUAAAUUAAAUUGAUGCACUGCACUUUUGAUAUAUUUCAAAGUUACAAACCUAUAAUUUUUCUAUUAAAAAGAAAUAAUUGCCAAAUAGCUAAGCUUCUAACUGAAGGCUAGUUUUGAAUUCUUCCUCCUGGCCCCUUGCCUUUUCCCCACCUUUGGAAAAAAAAAAAAUCUUUCAUAAAUGCUGUGGGUUGUAACAAAUAUAUUGGGAAAACAUGGUUUGCAAAGGCAUCCUAUGCACUAUUUAUGUAAAAUCAAUAAAAGUUGAUUAUGACUAUUAAACCGUAUCAGC